AUGGGCGUGGUGGACGAGACGUUUUGGGACGAAGACUCGUACGAUGCCGCGCUCGAUGAGGAGCUGCUGGACGAGCUCGGGGCAGAGGGCACGUUCUACGGUGGCGGAAAGGCGCGGCCGUUUGUCCGUCGCCGCUCGCCAGACGUCAUCCGCGUUGUCAUCCGUCGGUCGCGCUCGCGCUCGCCGCAUCGUCGCUCGGGGUCGCUGUUGAGCAAGAGCUACCGUGACAAGGCCGACGAGGCCGACGAGAGCAAGUCGGCGGAGUCAUCGUCGUCGUCAGACUCGACUGAGGACGAGACCGAGACCGAGUCGUCCGAGGCGGCAGCGGAUCCGGCGGGAGUGUGGCCGGCGACCGAGUCCGAGUCGGACGGGGAGGAUGAGGAUCCGGCGGCGGCGGCGGCAGCAGCAGCGGCGGCCGAGGCGGCGGCUUGGGCGGCGGCACGCGAGGCCAAGCGCGCAGAGCGCGAGGCCCGGCGCGGGCGGAACGUCGCCGGGCGGAAGCGCGGGAGAGAGAAGGGCGGCGGCGAGCGGCAGCAGCUCGACUUGGUCUCGACUGCGCCGUCGCCGACGCUUGAUGCCGACCUCGCCGCGGCCCGGGCCCGACAGGCGGAGCUCCUUGCCGCCAUUGCCGACAAUGCGGCGCGCAGCCGCGCGAGCGCGCUCGCCGACGCGCAGGCGGCGCUCAAGACGGCGCUCGCCAACGAGGCCGCUGUUGUUGCCGCGCAUGGUGAGCGGUCACGCAAGAGUCGCGACGCGGGCAAGGCGACCAAGGCCGCGCGUGCGGCGGUGCAGGCGCUUGAGGACGAGGAGCAGCUUGCAUGCGAGCUGCAGGCGGCGUCGGCAAGCCGCGCGGCGGCGCUCGACGGCUUUCGCGACGAGGCCGGGGCUGUGACCAGGGCUCUCCGCGAGGCUUACGCGGCGGUGAGUGAGGCCUGCAGCGCCCAGACUCGGGCCGGCAAGGCUCGAACUGAGGUUGCAAGCUUGCAGCGCAAGAUGGAGAGCUGGAACGCGCGCGGCGACGCGCUGGUCAAGGCCAACAUCAAGGACUCACCCAAGCUCCGCCGGGCGUGGCUCAUCACCCAGGACGAAAAGGUUCGCCUCAGCGAGAUGGAGACGGUGCUCGAGCAGCUCCGCGGCCUCGCAGUCUUGCAGGAGCGCAGCCUCGACUGCGUCAUCCGGUCGGUCGUCUCGACCUCGGUCUCGCUCGAGACGCAGCGGACUGCGCCGGCGACCUCACGCGACGCGCGGCUCUCGGCGGUUCAGGGCAUGAGCGACACCAUCGACGAAUCGAUUGUUGAUUGGGCCGGCACGCUCCGCGAGGGGCUCGCCAUAACCGAGUCCAGUCUCGCCAAGCAGGUUUUGUCAGGCGACCCGGAGCUCGCGGCCACCGUAGCAGCGUCGGGCGCAUCGUCGGCCGCCGCCGAAGCUGCCGUGGCCCAGCUCGCGCGGAUGGAGGCCAAGACGCGCAACCCCAACGCGGGCCUCCCGGCCCUCAUGCUCGAUGCGCUCAACCCAGACCACCUUGAUAUCAUCAACGCCGCUCGCGACAAAAUCCUCGUCGCCGGGCGCAAGUGGUGUCUGGCAGGACCGCGGCGCGGUGUGUUUGGCGGCAUCGAGUGCGAGUUCUCUGUUCAUCGCAUGCCGAGAGCGAUGACCAUGUCGCUGGUGAGCGUGUUCCCAGAGUGGGUGAAGCCAUGCCACGGUCGGGCUGCUGUGGCCGAAACUAACGCCGUUGUGGUGCCGAUCUCUCAAUAUGCCGCAGCCGAUCUUGCUGAUUGGUCAGCCAUUGCGGCCGGCGAGAAGGAUGUGCUGCUGGAGAACUUUGUGGCGCUAGCAGAGGCUGUCGAGGCCGCGCUGGCCGCCAGAGCGCGAGCUGCAGGCGCGCCGCCGUACGUCUUUGACUUUACCGACCCCGCGUCGGGCAUUCCACAGCGAUCGCAGCCCGGGCCGUCGACGUAUGCGGACGUGACGCACACGCUGACACUCCUCCGCUACCCGACGGUCAUCUCUGGACCGUGCACCAUGCUGUCACACCCCGAAUGGGGCACCGCGGUGUAUCCAACGACCAUGUUCUCGACCGCCUCGCCGUCGCUCGUAACCGGCGCGCUCGACGACGUCUUUGGCAGCGGCAGCAGUCUGUGA